GAAAUCAGCGGUUAUAUUGAAUUGAAGCCUUUUUUAUUUACAAGCCCAGAAAACAAAAAAAUGGAUCAAUUCCGGCAGAUUGGGGAGGUUGUGGGGAGCAUGAAGGCCUUAAUGGUGCUAAAACACGACGUUUUAAUCAACCAGAGGCAAUGCUGUCUCCUAUUCGACGUUUGUGUGCAGGCGUUCGACAACAUCUGUGACGAGAUCAGACAGAAUUUAAGGUUGGACGAGAGGAGCACGAAAUGGAAGCCACUCGAGCGUCCCCUGAGGGAGCUGCAUUGGAUCAUCAAGGAAUCCGAAUCGUAUAUAAAGAACUGUAUAGACAUCAGGAGCUGGAUGGGGAAGGCGAUCAGCCUGCACUCGAGCAGGGAUUGCGUUGAGUUCCACAUUCACAACGUGGUGUCGUGCUUCGUGGUGGUGAUCGAGGCCAUUGAGGCGGCUGCAGAGGUCUCGGGGCUCAACGACGAGGACAUGCAGAAGAGGAGGGUUGCCCUCUUGAGAAAGUACGGGGCAGAGUGGAACGAGGCGAGGCUGUUCCAGUGGAAGUAUGGGAGCCAGUAUUUAGUCCCCCGGGAGAUGUGUACCCGGUUGGAGAGCGUGUGGAACGAGGACCGGUGGAUCCUCCUCGAGGCGUUGAGGCAGAAGAAACAGACGAAACUCGUGGAGGAUUUGAUCAAGAAGGUGGAUAGACCGGACACGAAUCAUGCUCCCAUUCCCCCUGCCAAUCUUUUGCCUACUUCCCUGCUGUUAGAAGCCAAUGAUUAUUGUGUGAAACGACGGAUAGGGACCCCCGGGAGCCACCUCAAGGAGGUGCAGUGGCUCGGGGAGAGCUUCGCGUUGAGAACGUUUUAUGGAGAAAUCGGGGCGCUUAGGCCCGAGAUCGCCACGGUUAUGUCGCUCUCGCACCCGAAUGUGCUGCAAUACCAUUGUGGAUUCUAUGAUGAGGAGAGGAAAGAAGGGUUUCUUGUAAUGGAGCUAAUGAGCAAGAGUUUGGACAUGCACAUAAAGGAGAAUUCGGGUCAGAGGAAACGAAUGUCGUUCUCGAUCCCGGUUGCAGUUGAUGUUAUGCUUCAGAUUGCAAGAGGGAUGGAGUAUUUACACUCAAGAAACAUUUUCCAUGGAGAAUUGAACCCAUCAAAUAUUCUUCUAAGGCCAAUGAGUUCCCCAGGGGAGACAUAUUUCCAUUCAAAGGUUUCCGGUUUCGGUUUAUCUAUGAUGAAAAGCCAAUACACGUUUCGAAACUGCCCGAGAGCUAGUGGAGGAGUUGAUCCGGUGAUAUGGUAUGCCCCGGAGGUUCUGGCGGAGCAAGAGCAGCCCCGGGGGAGCAGCAAAAGCGGGGCGAAAUUCUCAGAGAAAGCUGAUGUCUACAGUUUCGGGAUGUUGUGUUUCCAGAUUCUGACCGGGAAAGCGCCUUUCGAAGAAGGGGAGAGGCCUCUUCAAGGGGACAAAAUGGUGCACAGUUUGAUGGCUGGGGAGAGGCCUCUUUUCCCAUACCCUUUGCCUAAGUACCUUACAAACUUGAUCAGAAAAUGCUGGCACACUUCGCCAAAUGCCCGCCCCGGUUUCUCCUCCGUCUGCAGGAUCCUGCGUUACAUCAAGAAGGUCCUCGUUAUAAACCCCGAGCACGGGCACCCCGAUUGCCCCCCGCCUCUCGUAGAUUAUUGUGACAUUGAAGCCGGGUACAUAAAGAAGUUCCCGGGAGAUAACGUCCCCCCGGGAGUUUCAGAAAUCCCUUUCCAGAUGUUUGCUUAUAAGCUUGUUGAGAAGGAGAAAACUUUAGGGAAUGAUGGGUUUGCAGUGAGGGCAAGAGACGACCAUCUCGUUUCCAUGGAUGAUCUCUGCCUCGUACCAAACAACGGAACCCGAGGAAGACUAUCUACCUGCUCGGAAAUCAUUGACAGGAAUGACCUGGGAACCUUUGCAGAUCAAAGAUCUGCAAUCUCUGAGAUUUUACAACCUAAGCUCUUAUUGUCUGAUAACAUUCUGGACCUGUCUGACAAUCUAUUAAACACAGCUGAUGAAUCUCCAGCUUUCGUCGAUACCCCCGAGUGGAAGCUUCUAUCCGAAUUGCCACCCGAUCACCAAACCUCGCCUCACGUCGAGACCCCGGGAAACAAAAACCUUUCAUCUACAAGCACCAGUAAGAAAUUGAGCCUGGAGAGGGUGGCUUCAAAACCGAAAGUUCAACCGAGGAUUGUGUCCUGUGAUUCUGCAGAGAAGAAACAGAAACAGAUAAGCUCUGAGGCCACGGGGAAGAAGGAUUCAUCAGAACCUGAAUCGACACGAAAGAAACUCCUGAGAACCAUGAAAACCAAAUUCAGACUAACUAAGAUCCCAGAAAAGAAAACUCUCAGUGCAGCAAACAGCCAAUCCUCAAAUUCUCCUGAGAGUCCUCAUAAAGCAGCAAUCACUUUAAAGCCAACCAAACCGAAACUAUCAUUCAAGAAUGCUAUCUUCCACCCUAACUUCAAAGGCGAACAAUCAAGCAAAGAACACGGGAAGAACAAAUAUAAGUCGCCCGGGGCUUCGCCUGCAAGGCUGAUGACAAGAUCGAAUUCGAUGGGGCUCCAUGCAUCAUCGUCGAUUUCUUCACCAAUGCAUCCCAUGAAACUAUCCUCCCCAGCAAGAGUAACUCCUUCGACACGAGCCUUGAAGACUGCAUCAUCGCCGUUUUCUUCACCAAUGCAUCCCUUGAAACUAUCCUCUCCAGCAAGAGUUACCCCUUCGACACGAGCCCUGAAUGCAUCUCCAUCUCCGGGAUUCAGAGGAACCAGAGAUAAAGCCCGGGAACUGUAUAUGAGCCCGCGUAGACAGAUGAAAGCUCCAGCCUAAGAGGCUAAGACACCACAAAGAUAUAUAUGCCUUCAAUCUUCUUGGCCUUGCCAUAUUUUUGCAAGCACAUUGGUAUAGACCUUUGUGUUCUUUUCUUGGGAUUCAUCCACCUUCUACCACUUUUGUAAAAAGAGAAAAGGUUGGAAGAUUAUGUUGAAAGUUGAAGUUU